UGUAUUGUUGUCACCCCGUUCUUCCCGAAUCUUCGUCCCACUCGUCCUCCGGGUUUCAGUUAACAACCUCCUCCAAGCUCGUCUCGACCAUCCCUGUAGAAUUUGUUGACCCGUGCCAUCCUCUGUUUCUAGAGUUAUACUGAACUGUAUCGUCCAUUCUGGCCUCAUCUUAUUACUCUCUUUGGCUUCACAACCGUCUUUUCUUUCUUUUGCCUCGCACUCACCCGCCUUCCGCUUAAGCGAAGCAGCAGGUAGCCGUUAGUAACUACGAAGCUUUGAAGGCGACUUAUUAGACUGCUGCAAACCAUAGGAGCGACAGCAGAUCGACUAGAGUCUACAAAACUUAGCUUUUUCGAAAUAUAGGCACUGAAUACCCCAAAAUCUUGUCCAAAAACCUGCUUGCCGCUCAAAGCUGGAGCUGCUCGCCAGGACAACGGGUUGUACGGGCAAGAAAUAGCUUAAAUCCUGGAUUGAGGCAUUCCAGGCAUGGAUGCGAAUGAUUGCGGAACUGAGGAGCCAAAUGUUUACAUGGACGAGAAAGAAGUGCCUCGAGAGACAGUCAAGUUCCAAGCUAUCUCUGAAUGUCCACAACACUUGUCCCUCUAUGCUAGCCUUGCCGAGCACAGCUUACAAACCCCCCAAACAUUCCCUCUAGACUUUUCCCUCCAACCGCAGGAAACGGAUCAAGAUGAGUCAACCCGGACAACAUCCACACCCCCUCAGCCUAUCAGCCACCUGGCUGCAAUAGAUGCGGACAAGAGCCAUCAUGUUCCUUCUCAGUCCUCUUUACUAUCAUCAUCCCCUCCCUAUGCAGGAUCUCGAUUGGGACCAGGGUCUUACAAUUCACGCAACUCUCCGCCCUCCCGUGUGGUGCCCGUGACAAAUCUACCUACUGUAGCAUCAUAUCAACCAACGGUAUCUCGUGAAUCUCAAUAUCCUCGCUGGCCUUCCCCAGGUUUGCAUGAGAUACAGCCUCCCAACGGACGGCUGUCCGCUCAUCAGAUGCUUCUUCUCACUCCCUUCGGCGGGCAGCUCCCGGCGACAGCCUUAUCCACACCAGGAGGUUCGUCGGGAAUGUCGAGAGUAUCUUCAAAUGCAAAUAUCCCUGAGGGACUUGCAAUUUCUGCCGGUUUCCAUGAGAGGUCAUCCGCUGGCUCAUCAAUAUCAAUGAAAUGUGGCAGAAGCAAUGGUGGGAGCUUGAUGGAAGUUUCAUCAAGCUCUAUGGGUUUAGGUAUCAGUACUGGAGCUGGGGCGUUGGACAUGUCUAAAGAUAUGUCUUUGACCCCGAUGAGUCGUUUACCCACAAGACUUUGCCAGCCUCUCAGUGCUGGCUCUGAUACAAUCCACCCCUCACCACCGGUGUCUGCGUCCGAAAAUUCUCAAGUUUUGCUAUCACGGCAAGGUAAUGAGCGGGAUCUAAAGCAGGAGCGCAGUCAGUCGCCCAUAUCGGGGACAGGGAUGAGACAUGAUCCAGGGGUAGCAGACAAAUCUGCAAACAAUUACGAUGUCGACGGAAGGUUACAGCUUAUGCCCCCCACAGUGGCGAUGACCAGGUGCAAUUCACUACCGGUCUUGACACUGAGAGAGUUGCAAGCAAUUCGGGAAAAGGACGGCGAUUCAGGAAUUCAACGAGGUGGUCAUUGGGCUUGGGUCAGUAGAGAGGUGAUAGUGGACGAAGAUGGCAAUGAGGUGAUUGAACCUAUUCCUCAAGGAACCAUCUGUACCGGCCCCACUACUGUCAUCGCCCCUCGGAGGCCGUCAUUCACAAUUUUCCAAGAUCCUUUUGCUGGCGGUCCGCUCUAUCCGAGCGCACAGCCAUAUAUACCUAUUGCAACUUCCUCCGACUGUCGUUAUCCUCCUGCAUACCUUUCCAGGAGAAUGUCAGAGAUGCCCUCUGUGGUAUCUGAUGCAUCUGCGUGCGGGUUAGAUAAGGAUACUCGACGACCGAGCAUGCCUGUCGUUCUGGAAGUGGGUAGGAGGAGUAAGGGAUCGCCACAUCUCCAGCCGUUACGCAGUCAUUUGUCCUAUACAUCCACGCCUUCCUUCACAUUUGCCCAUUACCAGGGUACACGGCGACUCAAAACUGAGAUCAGACUGAGAUUCGUCGGUCCUGAAUCAGACUGAUACCAUUUAAUGUUUAUUUAUUUGAUAUCCUUCUGAGACAUGUAUCACUAUGAUAUCAGCUGACAUCGAACUAUUAUCAAUGGAUCGAUGCAUAUAUUCAUCAGUAUGCUCCCUGCU